AUGUCUGGAAAUACAAAAGAUCGCAUUGCCGUUUUCCCGUCUCGAAUGUCGCAAGCUCUGAUGAAAACUCGCUUAAAAGCUGCUCAAAAGGGACAUAGUUUGUUGAAAAAGAAAGCUGAUGCAUUGAAUAUUCGCUUUCGUUCAAUUUUAGGGAAGAUUGUGGAGAAUAAGAACUUGAUGGGUGAGGUGCUUCGUGAAGCGAGUUUUUCAUUAGCAAAGGCUAAGUUUACUGCUGGUGAUUUCUCACAUAUUGUUAUCCAGAAUGUAUCACGUGCCCAGCAUCGCGUCCUCAUGAAGACGGAAAAUGUUGUAGGUGUAUUUCUGCCAAUUUUUGAUCCAUAUAUUGAUGGACCCGAUACAUACGAUCUAACGGGUCUUGGUAAAGGUGGUGCAAAUAUUGCGAAGUUGAAGAAAAACUAUAGCCAUGCAGUAGAGUUGUUAGUUGAAUUAGCAACGUUGCAAACUUGCUUCAUAACUCUCGACGAGGCUAUUAAGAUUACCAAUCGGCGUGUUAAUGCUAUUGAACACGUGAUCAUUCCAAGGAUCGAAAGUACGCUUGUGUACAUUAUCACCGAAUUGGAUGAAAUGGAGCGCGAAGAGUUUUUCAGAAUGAAGAAAAUACAAGCGCAAAGGAAGAAGGUUCAUGGUGAGGCAGAAAAUGCAGAAGCGGGAGCGGAUGGUUUUGAACAACCACGAAAUAUUCUGGAAUAUCAAGACGAUAUUCCUAUUUUGUUCACAUAG